CACAUUCCGGCCUGGCGGCCUAUAUAAGGUCGUCCAUCGCAAUACAAGGGGAGUAUCAAUCGAACUGCUGUCCGUCGUCAACCCGAACGCUUCGUCAUCGCCUACAACCGCUACCAGGACGCAACAGGACUCAUCAUCGCCGCCGAGGAACACCAUCGUCCGCUCAGCCAAGCGUCAUUCGCUCUUUCCAAGCAGGCUUGCCCUGUUUGUGACGCUCACGGCCCCCGACGCGGGCGAGCUUCCGCACGCCGCUGUACUGCGCCAUUUGAAAGAAGGAAUAAAGAUUUUUCAGUGUCUAAGCAGAAUUUGAUUCUGACGUGAUCUUCCGCGCAUUCCCUGCCACUUCCUCUAUCCGGGACGAGUGUGGCUGCACUCGCCAACAACAGCCAAACAUGUAUGCACCGUCCGAGGCGUCAGCGUUACCGCUGAAAAAUCUAUAUUGGGUCCCUAGAAAUGAUACCACCAAAUAUCUGUGGUUUAAUCAGAGUUCCUAGUUCCAUUGACAAUAUUCCCAAACUGUGCUGUCUGCUUAAUCAGUGGUAGUCAAAUAAAAUUGAUGAAUAGCUCAUCAGUACUCAAUUAAGUCAACUAUGGCUGAACUUGACUACCACUGAUCGAGCAAGCAGUAGUUUGGAAAUAUCUUCCGAACUAAGAAUUUGAUUGGAACGACAGAUAUUUGGUGGAAUCUUGGUGGAAUCUUGGUGGAAUAAUUUCUAGGAACCCGAGAGAUUUUUCAGCGGUAACGCUGGUAUGCAUAUAUACUGCUAUUAUUAAGCUUGUGCUAGUCGAGUAUAGCCUGUAGAAUGAUAAUAUUAUAGACGUACAAGUAGUUUAGUCAGGUUAUGUUUAUUAUAAAAACUAUGCUAAUCAUCAAUGAGAGGAGAAUAUUUUAUUAAUGAUACUAAAAUCAAAUAGAAGAAUGAUUUUGUGGGAAGAAGAUUCGACGGAUUAUUUUGUCCAUUUGACAAAUGUAUCUAAACAUUUCUACUUAGGGCUUGGCUUAGCUGUCAUGUCAAGUGGAUUUAUAGGAACAAGUUUUAUAAUAAAAAAGAAAGCUCUCAUUAGAUUACAGAGGUAUGGAUGGCUGAGAGCCGGUGCUGGUGGAUUUGGAUAUUUGCGACAAUGGAUUUGGUGGGCUGGCUUAUUAUCAAUGGGCAUUGGAGAAGUAGCUAAUUUUGCAGCAUAUGCAUUUGCGCCUGCAACUCUUGUGACACCACUUGGAGCAUUAAGCGUAUUAGUAUCAGCAAUUUUAGCUUCAAUUUACCUCAAUGAGCACUUGAACUUAUUGGGAAAACUUGGAUGCUUACUAUGCAUUCUGGGAUCAAUAGUCUUGGUACUUCAUGCCCCAAAAGAAGAACAAAUCGAAAGUAUAGAAGAUUUAACAUUCAAAAUGCAAAAUUCUGCAUUUGUGACUUACACCAUAUUAGUUGUUAUAGGCUGUUUUGCAGUUGUAUUCUAUUUUGGGCCACUGUAUGUAAUGAGCUGCAAAGGCUUGGGAUUAGCUUUAAAGGAAACAAUGGAUGGUAAAAAUGAGAUGACCAAUUGGCUGACAUGGGUUUUACUUUUUGUGCUCAUUCUAUGUAUUAUGGUUCAAAUGAACUACCUCAAUAAGUCAUUAGAUUUAUUUAAUACAAGUGUGGUGACACCAAUUUAUUAUGUAUUUUUUACAACUUUUGUGAUAAUUGCCUCAGCAAUAUUAUUUAGAGAAUGGGAGUGCAUGAGUAGUGAAGAUGUCAUAGGUUGUCUUUGUGGCUUUUUGACUGUAAUAAUUGCAAUAUUUUUAUUGAAUGCUUUUAAAGAUAUGGAUGUUAGUUACAAUGAUGUAAAACAAAUUUUUAGGCCAAAACGGGAAAUUAUUGCUCAAAGUAUUGGAUGGGAUGAUCAUAGUGAAAAUGGGCAAAUUAGAUAUGAUUCAGGGCACAAUUAUGGUAGCAGUAUAGCAAGAUCAAUGUGACGUUACAUAGAUUAGAUUAUAGACUUUUGUACACAUAUCACAAUUGCUUUUGCCACAAAAAAUGUCGGAAAACAUAGGUAUAGUCUAGUCAAUAUUACAAAUUACAAAUGACUAUGUCCCAGGCAUUUUCACAAUACUUUACUUUUCAUGAAAUAGUUGUGAAAAGUAUGCUUAUUGUAAAAUAAAAUGCUAAAUAAGACUGUAAUUUAUAAGAAAACACUACGUAUACAUAAGCAGGAAUUGAUGUCCCAAUUAUUAUCAUGCAUAUAUUUUUAAAUGCAAAUGUAAACUUUCAUAUUGUUAUACCAUUAAAUACAAUUGUUUUUUUAUAUACAUUUAGAAAACAUUUAU